GUAGAUUAUGCUAGUGUAAACAAUAUUUGUACAGACCUAAAUGGCUGCUCACUCAUCUAUAUAUAAGUAUGAUGUCAUAAAGGCGUUGUUAUUGCGAUACUUAUAUUUUUAUAUUGCAAUAUUUGUAUGUCCAGUCAAAAGUUUAGAUUUAGAUACUUUCUGCGAGAUUAGUGAUAGAUACAUUGGUUUGGAGAAUUGUACUCAAUGUAAUGUCAAGUUAAAAACGUGUGCUUGCUGGGAGAACCUUGACAGAUGUAUAAUCUACUGCCCUGGUAUUUCAUGCUGUUCCUGCUAUGAUUGCACUCUAUGCUGGAAAGAUCAACGGCGAUUGAUAAUAAUGAUGCAGAUUGGUAUUUUCAUAUUGUUUGGAUUAGGUCUUAUCGGUUUAAUCAUAAUUUACUGCAAAACAUGCAAUAGGACGAGGCAAGCUAUCACACGCACAAGAUGUAUCGUGUUGCGGGAGGAACGUGAUACACAUUGCAGUACUAUCGAAGGUCUACGAGAUCGACCACCUCCGUAUAACGAAACGCUUUAUAGCGCUCCUCCUCUUUACACAUCUCCCUACAACAGAGCGUCCAUGCAGGAAGCUCCGCCAUCGUAUCCAGGAACGCCGAAACUGCAAGAGAGAUGCCAAGACACCAACGAUCAAUUGCCGUCAAGACAUUCCAUGUUCGUUGCUGCAUCCAUCGCCCAACACAUGUAAUAACGUCACAUUUGUGUGUAUAUACAUAUAUAU